UUUUUCCUCUAUCUCUCACGCCUUCUUCUCUUCCCAUUUCAGAUUUUACUGUAAACAAAAAUCUCGAAUCCGAUUCCUUUUCUCCUCCUGCAAUCUCUUUGAAAUCCAAAUUUCUCCAUACGAUUUCGAUUUCAUCAUCUUCCUCUGGUAUACUCUCGAUUGGCGCAUCGUUUAUUUUGGGUGGGUUUGACUUUUUUCUUUUUGUUUUUUUGGGUGAGAGAAUCGGAUCAAUGGGGGUCGAUUACUACAAUGUGCUGAAGGUGAGUCGAAACGCUAACGAAGAUGAUCUCAAGAAGUCUUAUCGGAGAAUGGCGAUGAAAUGGCAUCCUGACAAAAACCCCACGAGCAAGAAAGAAGCCGAAGCCAAGUUCAAGCAGAUCUCCGAAGCUUAUGACGUCCUCAGCGAUCCUCAGAGACGCCAGAUCUACGAUCAGUACGGAGAAGAAGGUCUUAAGUCCGCCGAUUUACCUACCGCGGCGGAGACGGCGGCGCAGCAGCAGCGGAGUUACUCGUCUCGUAACUCCGACUUUCGGUAUUAUCCUCGUGAUGCCGAAGAUAUCUUUGCUGAGUUUUUCGGCGCAUCUGGGGAUACAUUUGGCGGAGGGAGUAGCGGAAGGACAUCUGGAGAUGGUGUCGGCGGCGGCGGCGGCGGCGGCGGCGGCGGGAGGAGGUUUAAAAGUGCUGAAGCAGGAAGCCAUGCGAACAAAAAGACGCCGCCGGCGACUAGGAAGACGCCGUCGGCGAAUAGGAAGGCGCCUGAUAUCGAGAGCAAAUUGGCCUGCACAUUGGAGGAGCUGUACAAAGGUGGGAAGAAGAAGAUGCGAAUUUCUCGCGUUGUUCCCGAUGAGUUCGGAAAGCCAAAGACAGUCCAAGAGAUAUUGAAGAUAGACUUAAAACCAGGUUGGAAGAAAGGCACAAAGAUAACAUUCCCAGAGAAAGGCAACCAAGAACCAGGAGUCACUCCUGCAGAUCUCACAUUCGUUGUAGACGAGAAACCGCAUCCAGUAUACACAAGAGACGGUAACGAUCUCAUUGUCGAGAAGAAAGUCUCUCUUAUAGAAGCUUUAACCGGUCUCACCAUUAGCCUAACAACUCUGGACGGGAGGAAUCUAACAGUCCCGGUUCUGGAUAUUGUAAAACCUGGUCAGGAGAUUGUGAUCCCGAACGAAGGAAUGCCUACUAAAGACCCUUUGAAGAGAGGAGACCUCAGGGUCAGCUUUGAGAUCUUGUUCCCGUCAAGGCUAACAUCGGAACAGAAGAAUGACCUCAAGAGAGUUCUUGGUUGAAGCUGAUGAGCUGACAUUUAGUUUUCGAGUAAGCUCUUGAUCUUCUUUAACAACGGAUGCUACAAGAAGCUGCUAGUCAAUUCAGUGUACAUACAUUUGAGGUUUUCCUUUUGUAAACUCUUGUUUUAUAAGAAAAAAACAAGAAAACCUGAACGAAUAAGGGUGUGGAUGUUCGAGAUCUAAUAAUGGAUGUUCAAUGACAGAACAGAUUGUUUUUGAA